AGGAACUCCAGCACAGUAGACGGCAGUGUUCACCUUUUAUUCCAGACUAUCCCAUAGAAGAAGGAUGAUCGGAAGACAUCGGUUGCAUUGACAAAUCAAAUGCUAGCUGAAGUGUUUCAGUUGACAAGUCAGACAUCAGUGUGUGCCCACCCCAAGUGGUGCCAUCAUGUGGCAGGAGGCUCGGAAGCAUGAGCGCAAGCUGCGCGGGAUGAUGGUCGACUACAAGCGGCGUGGGGAACGAAGACGGGAAUAUUAUGAGAAGAUUAAAAAGGACCCAGCCCAGUUCUUACAAGUGCACGGGAGGGCCUACAAGAUCCAUUUGGACUCAGCUGUUGCUUUGGCGGCUGAGAGUCCUAUCAAUAUGAUGCCAUGGCAAGGAGAUGUCAACAAUAUGAUCGACAGAUUUGAUGUGCGGGCGCAUUUGGACUACAUCCCCACUUACACACCUCCACUUCUGAACACAGUCACCCAGGAGCAGGAGUCUGAGGAGAGGAAGUGUAAUUAUGAGCGCUACAGAGGGCUGGUGCAGAAUGAUUUUGCCAGCAUCGCAGAGGAACAGUGUUUGUAUCAGAUCUACGUGGAUGAAUUAUAUGGUGGCCUGCAAAGACCAAAUGAAGAUGAGAAGAAAAAGCUUGCAGAGAAGAAGGCUUCGAUUGGCUACACGUAUGAGGACAGCACAGUCACUGAGCCUGACCCUCUGUCAGACAAAGGCGAAGAGGAGGACUCUGAGAACAGUGAAUCUGAGGGCGAUGAAGGCAUUCCUGACAUUGAUGUUGAAGUGGACGUGGAUGAGAUCAAUGAGGAGCAGGUGAUGGAGCUGAACGGAAUGGCCACCCCUUAUGGCAUGGCAGAAGGAGACUUUGUGAGAAUGCUGAGGAAGGACAAGGAAGAGGUGGAGGCCAUCAAACACGCGAAGGCUCUGGAGGCAGAGAAGGCCAUGUACUCUGGCCGGAGGUCUCGCAGGCAAAGAAGGGAAUUCAGAGAGAAGCGACUGAAAGGCAGACAGAUCAGUCCACCCAGCUAUGCAAGGAGAGACAGCCCGACCUACGAUCCCUACAAACGCCCUCAGUCCGAGUCCAGCUCUGAGUCGCGGUCACGCUCGCGCACCCCAGGCCCUGAGAAGAUCACCUUCAUCACCAGCUUUGGAGGCAGUGAUGAAGAGGGCGGCCCCCCUUCCCAAGCCCCAGCCAGCGCACCCUCCAGCAAUACGCAGCAGCAGCACCCCGCAGGUCAUAGCAGGGGCUCCCGCCGAAGGCACUCGUCCUCCAGCCAGUCCUCCUCCUCCCCGUCUUCAUCGCGACACUCAUCACGCUCCUCCUCUCACUCCCGCCGCAGCGGCUGGCGAGGAAACAGGGACGGCCGGUACUCGCGGUCCCGAUCGCGGCAGUUCUCCGACUCCCAUUCCCAGCAACGCGGUGGAGGUGGUAGCCACAGGAGGCGCUAUGACCGUGGGCACUCGCACUCCCGCUCCAGAGAUAGGGACAGGGACAGGGACAGGGGCCGACGAUACACUUCUCACAGACGCACUAGGUCUCGCUCCAUAUCUCGUUCAGCCGAUCGUUUCCGGCGAGGCAGUCGGACGCUGGGCCAUCACCGUGGCGAGAGCCGCAGUCCGAGCCCGUCUCAGUCCCCUCCCCGAAGCCGGUCACCAUCCCCCGGUUCCCGCUCGGCCCCACCCUCCACCAGCUCUCUCUCUGACAAGCUGAGAAAGGCUGAUACUCCAGGUGGUAAAGAGUCCGGAGCUGCCAAACCCAAGAUGACUCCACAAGAGAAACUGAAGAUUCGAAUGCAGAAGGCCCUCAACAGGCAGUCCAAGGCGGAUAAAAAGGCAGCCCAGGUGAAGGUCCAGCAGCAGGAAAACAAGCGACAGGAACGUGAGGGCGAACUCCGAGCCAUGGCCCGCAAGAUCCGCAUGAAGGAGCGUGAGCGUCGAGAAAAAGAGAGGGAUGAAUGGGAGAGGCAGUAUGGAAGACAGAGUCACUCGCCCUCCCCCUCCCCUGUGCCCAAAUAUAGCCGAGAUCACAGUUCCUCCCGAAGGAGGUCACGGUCCAGGAGCCCUUACUACCGCUACUGAUCUACUGAACAAAUCUACAACACGCGUCCUGGAAAGAGACACAGGAAACCAGACAGGACGUUGGAAGAAGACCAACAUUUAAAAUCAAACAAGUUACACGUCUGCCAUCCUCAAUCUGUAGUAUACCUCCACAUGCUCAAAUUCAGCAGUUUCCUCAUUUUUGUUUGUGUAUGUUUUGAAGGAGUACAACUGCACAGUUUCUGAGUCCAUGUAAAGGAUUCUCGUCAGAGAAUGGACCUCUAUGGUUGCAGCACAAAACUACGGAAGUGAACAACCACUAUAUAUUUCUGCACCCCCCCCCCCCCCCACUUUGUCUUCCCUUACAGAUUUAGUCAUUGCCAGAAUGACCUUGUGGACAUUUUUUGGUUUAUAUUGUAAGAGCAGGUGUCAACUAUCACUGCAGUCUCCCCCUUCUAUACAGUCAUAAUAUCAACGCCUAAUCACCAGGCCCAUGUGAAGUGUGCAUGUGUUUUAUCUGCUGGGAAAUGCAAAUAAAAUACUUCAGAACUUCAA